AUGUCUCAAUCACCGUUGUUCCAGCUUCUACUGGACGACCUUGUAUACGAGAUCCUCACUUGGGUACCAGUGAAAUCCUUGAUCCGAUUUAGGUGUGUUUCCAAAUCUUGGUACUCCACAAUCACCAGCCACAAAUUCAUUAAGACUCACCUUGACCGAGCUAAAUCUUCAUCAAAUAACAACAAUGACUAUUUGUUAUAUAAAUCACAAAGAAUGUCAUCAUCCCCCAAUGAAUUGUGUACGAUUGUUCACAAUAGUGACCGCACUUUGUCUGAGAUUUCUAGCUUUCAAAUCCCCGAUUAUUUUGUUUAUAUAGUUGGCUUCUGUAACGGCAUGUUCCUCAGUGCUGAUGAUGACUAUGAUGACUAUGACCAUGGUCACGCAGUAUAUUUGUGGAACCCAAGCAUUAGAAAGUAUAAAAAGCUUCCACCAAGUCACUUCAUUCAUCCCUUUGGUCACUCAGAUUAUUGUUUCACAUUUGGACUUGCCUAUCAUUAUCAAAACAAUGACUACAAGAUUCUAAAACUUAUUUAUGAAUACUCUCCUGGAGAAAAAGUGCCGCCAGCUGAGGCCGAGGUUUACACAUUGAGUACAGAUUCAUGGAGAAGGUUUGUAAUAUCUGUGGUGUCCUCAAGUGGGUCUAGACCCCUUGGAUCUGUUGAUUAUCUAAAUGAGUCCCACCUUUUAUUUUUUAAUGGAGCUCUACACUCUAUAGCAUGUUCUGAGGACUACAAAUUUAUUUUGUCCUUUGACGCCAAUGAUGAGAGAUUCCGGGAGAUAUUGCUUCCUCAAAAUUACUUAGAUGGUGUUUCUCUACUUUUUGAAGCUCUUGCAGUGUUCAAGGGAUCACUCACAUUGUUUGUUUUUGGUGAAGCUCUAGCUGACAAGAGUAAUCUAUGCCACCUAUGGGUAAUGAAGGAGUAUGGUGUGGUUGAGUCCUGGACUAAAAAAACUAUACAAAGGAAAGAAGCUGCAGAAUUCUUUGACUGCAUCGUUGACGGCACAGUCAAAGGGGAAUGUUAUACGUUUUGGCCCUUUUGGAAGCUUUCAUUUGACCCUGAGAGUUUAAACAAGGAAAUUUUUAGAAUUCCAAAUGCUGGAUGUAUAAUUAAUGCAACUAAUUUUGUGGAAAGCUUAGUUUUACUUGAUGGGAUAAACAUCUCACAGGAAUGA